AUUUAUGUAUGUUUGUAGGUCUAUUUCUGCGAUUUGUUGCGCGGAGGUUUUGGUUUUUGGACGUGAAGGUGCAGUUAAGAAAAGAUGGUGGAAGUGCGAGUUGAUAACCGUUCUAGCAUCGCUACUGCUGAUGAAGACAAGAAGGACAGCGUUGUACAAGUGAAGCAUUUGCUUCAAAAUUCGUGGACUCUUUGGUUUUUCCGUAACGACCGAGAGGCUAAAGAUUGGAGCUCCAAUCAAACGGAAGUUGCUACUGUUGGAACCGUCGAAGAUUUCUGGGCCCUGUACAAUCAUAUCGAAUGUUGCUCCAAACUUCCGCAAGGAUGCGAUUACAGCAUUUUCAAGAAAGGCAUUCAGCCUGCUUGGGAAGAUGCAAAAAAUAAGAACGGAGGCCGCUGGAUGAUUCAACUUGAUAAAAGCCCGUCGAAAGCUGAUACUGACAAGUACUGGAUGGAAAUCUGCAUGAUGCUCGUUGGAGAGGCGUUCGAAGACGAUAACGAACUGGUCAACGGAGCUGUCGUGAGCGUCCGAGGAAAGGGCGAUCGAUUGGCCGUGUGGCUUUCUUGUGAUCAUUCCAAGGAAGAUCGCAUUAAGCAAAUCGGUCGCUUGAUCAAGAAGAGGCUGGAGAUCAACAAGUCCAUAAACUUCCAAACGCACGCCGAUUCGGCGGCGAAGAACAGCUCCAACGUGAAGUCGACGUUCAGCGUAUAAAUCCCGGGAGACUUCGGCUGUGAGCUGUCGGAAGGCUCUGCAUUCUUCUCUCUUCUCUCUGCUCGUCCAAAGGGAAAAUUUUCUGUAUUAGAAGAAACGUUGUUUCUCUCUCCCGUGAUAUAAUCAUCCACUCGUGAACUUACCGUGAGUGUCAUGAGUCACACGCUCAUUCCAGUCUCUGGAUUGGUUGGAAUGAAGAAUAUGAAAUACUCCGGUCAGGAGUUGGUAACCUCAUUUCUAAAUCAUUUUCGUGCUUUCCCAUCAUAUUUUUGUCUCGUGGCGUGACUUAUCUGUAAUUUAUUCCCAU